UUUGCUGUUACUGGCCCGAAGUUUCCGCCCCCUCGGGGGACUCGACUUCCCAUUGGCCAGUCUCGGGUCAGAUGACGAGCCCUCCUGCCUGGGCUGGGACUCUGGGCCGCCGAGGCAACAAGUUUCGCGGAGCAAGGGCUGCGCGGCCAGGUAGCAUCCUCAGCAGCAGAGCAGCAGAGGUAGCAUCCUCAUGCAGUCAUGGCCGCUAGCCCAGACUCCGACAACAGCUGGGUGCUUGCUGGAUCUGAGAGCCUGCCUGUGGAGACCCUGGGCCCAGAGUCUAGGAUGGACCCAGAAGCAGAGAGAGCUUCUCCUGUGGCUGAUGGGCCCUCAGCUGGAGAAGAGCCCACCCUUCAGCGUGACAGUGUCCAGGCUGACCCAACUCCACCCAAGGAGGAGAAGGCCAAGGGAACCCCAGAUACUGCUGUGGAAUCCCCUGGCCUUGAGAACACAGUGACCCAAGGUGAUUUGGAGAAGACCCCACUGGAGGCAGAGUUGGAUACACAGGACCCAGAGGGUCAGAGUACCUCACCAAGCCUGCCCUCCUCCCCUAAAACAGGCCUCACAGCCCUGUCCCCACCGCUCCCUCCAGUGUGGCCGAAGACAGAGGGCCGGUGUACCAGCAGUGAGGACGACACCGAUGUGGAUGUGGAGGGCCUUCGGAGACGGCGGGGCCGGGAGCAUCAGCCUGUGGCAUCCCUGGGUGUGGAGGAGCAGGCCGGGGACGAGGGUGCAAGCUGGGAGCUGGGCAUCUCCCUCAACAUGUGCCUUCUUGGGGCCCUGCUUCUGCUGGGCCUAGGGAUCCUUCUCUUCUCUGGUGGCCUGUCAGAAUCUGAGAAUGGACCUGGGGAGGAAGUAGAUUUGCAGGUCUUUCCAGAUUCUGGCUCUGACACCGAACUGCCUGAUGCCGUCCACAAACAGCAGAAUGGAGCAUCACAGCAGCCACUAGCUGCGGCAGCCCCCAACAGUGUCCCCAGCCUGCAGAGCAUGGUGCUUCUGCUGGACAAGCUGGCCAAGGAGAACCAGGACAUCCGGUUGCUACAGGCCCAGCUACAGAGCACUACUCAGCUCUGUCUGGUGGUGGUGCUGGGGAUUGAACCUGGCACUUUGGAGCCUCAGACCCAGAAGGAAGAGCUGCAGAGCCUGAUGCUGGAACCCAAAGGGCUGGAAGAGGAGAAUGCCCAGCUGCGGGGUGCGCUGCUGCAGGGUGAGGCCUCUCAGCGGGCCCUGGAAUUGGAGCUGCAGCAGUUGCGGGCGAGGCUGCAAGGGCUGGAAGCUGACUGUACCCGGGGCCCUGAUGGCGUGUGUCUCAGCUGGGGCUCCCAGCCUCGGAGCAACCCAGGGAGCCCAGGGCAGCAGCAGGGCCCCAGCUUGGCACAGCAGCGGCUGGAGAAUGAGGCGCAGGCCCUGAGGCGAGAGCUGGAGCGGCAGCGGCAGCUGCUGGGGGCAGUACAGCAGGACCUGGAGCAGGGCCUGAGGCACGCCGGCCAAGGGGACCUGACUCGGGUUGGUCUGGCUGAGCUGGGCCGCAGGCUAGCCCAGAAGCUGGAGGCCCUCCAGCACAGGGGUCCAGGGGAGGCUGGGGUCUCCACCAAUGCUUCAGGGGCCUGGCAGCAGGAACCCCGCACUGCAAGACCCCGAGAGAGGGGUAGGAGGGAGAUGUGGCACGAUGGCAAGCCAGGCGACCAGAGAAACCAGAGGCAUGAGCACUGGAAGUCAAAGAAGGAGGAGAGCAAGAAGAACUGGGGCGAUGAGGCCAGGGAGCCCCAGGGGCAGAAGGGAGGUGAGAGGAAGGAGGGCAAGUGGCAGGGUUCCCAGGAGCACCCUUGGAAAAGCCGGGGCCCCCAUUCUGGAGAGAAACAUGAACAUCCCCGGUGGAAGGAAGGUCCCAAAGACAGGGAGGCACUGUCACUCUGGGCCGAGCUGUCUAGGCACAAGUACCGAGCGCCCCAGGGCUGCUCGGGGGUGUGGGAGUGUGCAAGGCAGGAGGGCCUGACCUUUUUUGGCACUGAGCUGGCCCCCGUGAAGCAGCAGGAGCUGGCCUCCCUGCUGACAACUUACUUGGCCCGGCUGCCCUGGGCCAGGCCAUUAAGCAAGGAGCUGCCCCUGUCACCUACUUACUUCGGGGAGGAUGGGUUCUUCCGCCAUGACCGCCUCCACUUCCGGGACUUUGUGGAUGCCCUGGAGGACAGCCUGGAGGAGGUGGCUGUGCAGCAGACUGGUGAUGAUGAUGAGGUGGAUGACUUUGAGGACUUCAUCUACAGGCACUUCUUUGGAGAGAGAGCACAGAAGAAGAGGUCAGGGAAGAAGGAUAAGCACAAGCACAAGCACACAUGGAGCUCCAAAGUGGCAAGGCCCUGGGAGGAGCAUGGCCCUCGGCACCGGGACUGAGCUGAGGCGCCUCCCUGGCCUGGGGGCUGCCAGUCUGCCCGAAGGAUGCUGCUGGUUCACCAGAAAGAGCCACUGCCUUUCUCUACUCAGGCCUGUGGCCAGCUGACUGUGCAGGCUGUGGGAGAGAAGCUCUGCGUGUCGUGGAGGAGAGGAGUUUGGCCCUCUGAGCAUGAAGCCUUCGUGUGUGUGUGUGUGUGUGUGUGUGUGUGUGUGUGUGUGUGUGUUUCCACCUGCCUGAGACCAGGUGGGAGGCCCAGCACCAGGCCUCUCCCUUGGGCUCUCCUAAAAUUGGCAACCCUCACCUCACACUGUGACUAGGCACCCCACAGGACUUUCUGUGCAGUUCGCUAUACCAUGCUUUUGGAGUUGUGACAUGAGAGGUUCUAAGCUUUGAGGAGUCCCCAAACUUAUCCUAGGCACUGCCACUCACAUAACCCUCUAACUCCCCAGCAAACCUACCCUCCUCCCCACUCCCUGUUUUGCUACCUCCCUGGUGUAGACAGACAUCGUGUUGCUUGGGUUGUGUAGGGAGCCUUGGGUGCAAAUCCAGGCCAAGUGAAUGUGGAUGAGUGUGCCCAGGGUACCCAGGGCUGGAGGGCAGGUGAAUAAACCUUGGAUAUGCCAUGUAGAACUGUG